AUGAAGCUAUUUGGAAUAUUGCUUGCUUUGGUGAUGCUGAUCAGCGCUUUUGGUUUUGUGGAGCUAGCUUCCUUGGGAGUUAGAUGUCCUGAUGAUUCUUCCACUACCGGCGAACGCUGCAUACCUAGUGAUGGAUGGGACCCACAGCACUCAGCGCAUACCAUCUUCGACGAACAGGCAUCCGAGAAAUGUGAAACAUUCAAAAUAAAUAAAUACCAGUGA